AUGGCAAAGGCCAGCGGCGAUGACACCCCAGAGGCUGACGGAUCGCUGGCAGGCCCCUUUAGUAGAACGUGCUGUCUACUGCCUGUAGCCGGACCGCCCUUGUGUACUUCCAGCUGCAACAGCCCUACAGAGGGACCCUGUCGCGCUUGCGCUGCUACAGAUUCUGCGAGAACUCAAACCAGCUGUACACACCGCACGUGCGACGCUCUCCCUGUACGACUCAGCGAUCUACCUGCCUCCCAGUGCUCUUGUUCUUGCAACGCAGAGAAGAGGAGGUGCAUUCGUGGGGCCCUGCCAUCCUGCAGUCCGGCUGCGAGCGCUGUCGAUUCGCCUGCACCAUCACCCCUUUUACCAGCGGCAUCUUCGCCAAGUCCCCUGGAAGAAGUCGCCCCCUCCAGCAGGCUCCUUCAGCUCCCCAAGCCUAUUCUGCUGCAGCUAUUUCGCUUCUUCAGCGUCGAGGAGCUUCCGUGCAUUGCUGCGGCAGCGCCUUCGCUAUGGCGGCUGCUGCUGCAAGGAGAUCUGCUGCAAUGCGGCAGCCGUGCGCGAUUGCAUUCUGCGAGGCGUUGGCUGCAGUCAGGAUGUGUGAAAGCAGCAGAGGGGGAUGGCAGCAGCAGUUCAUGUUGCGGCAACGCCAAAAGACGGCUAUCCUUAGUACCUUGGCUCUUGUCUGUACAUCGCGGGAGGGUCGCGUCUCUUUCUUUAAGUUCCAAAGUGCUGGAUCCAUUUCCCUCCAUCUCUUUGCUAGUAGCGCUGCGGCAGCAGAGUAGCAGUCUGAAGCAGCUGCAGAUCUCUUCUUCCGAUUUUUGUUCCCAGGUGGUUGGCGGCAGAAUCUCUCGGUCUGUUUCGACGCCCCCGCUAUGCUUAGCGCAGGGUGCUGCUUCUGCAUGCUACCAUGGAGCUGCAGAGGCGCGUCAGUCUUCUGGUGCUUCGUGCAUGCAGAAAGCUGAAGACGCGCCUGGAGAACAGGUGGAGACAGAAGAUGCUCCGGCGGUCCCCCCGCCUCUGGCGGAAGCGGAAUUAGCCUCUGCGAAACGUGUCCUCGAAGGUACUGCAUUCCAGAAACUCGAAGUCAUUCGUCUGCAGGGUUGCCAAGUGUUUUUCUGGCUGCGACUGCUUAGCCACUGCAGCUUCCCUCAGUGCAAGGAGCUCAUCGUUGCGUGUGCUUGUAUCCGGCAACAUACCGUGCCGCCUCCACAUGGGGCCGCAGCCAGCGCAGCAGACCUCUUAAAGCUAAUUGACAGCAUGACAGCAUUGCAGCGGCUGCACCUAGAGCUCGCACUGCCCCCAACGCGCUGUUUCUGGCGCUCACUCCUCUUCAGCUCACCGCAACAGCAAGAAAAAAACAAGCCGCAGUACCGCCGGAGCCUGUGCGUCAGUGAAGGAGCAUUCCUCAAUCUGGCGGAGGUCCUUGGCGAAGCACGCCUUCGGGGACCACCCGCACUUGUUGCUGCUGGGGUGCAUCCACAGUUGCCCUGGGGUGUUCGUGAUAUAAUGGUUGUGGCUUCCCAACGGCGGCUGCAUGCGGCGGCAAUGAGCCGCAGCCUCGCGGCCGCCGGGUGUACGGACACCUCAGCGCCGCUGUACUCUGUCCAUUGCCAAUUUGUGGAAAUAGACGCCGCACAGGCCCCAAAGGAAGACGAGGUUCCGCUGCUGCAGUUGCUGCGGCACGCUAAGCACGUGAAGCUGCUCCUUGGCAAUUGUGAGGCCGUAUCGCUUGCGCAACAGCAGCAAGAGCAACAGCAAGAGCAAGAGCAACAGCACGCAGCAGCGGCGGUUCGACCCCCUCCAGGCUCCGGAGGUCUUCAAAGAGCCCCCCCUUCAGAGCCUCCCCCGCGUGGUCGAAGGCAGCCGUUUCAGCAGCAGCCUGCGGGCAUGCAGCUGCAGGAGGGUCUAUGGCCUCUCUACACGGCGGUGCUGCAGCAUCAGCAGCAGCAGCAGCAGCCCCCCGAGGACGACGGCUUGCUGCAGCAGUUUCUUGCACCCUCUGGCAAAGAGCAUUACCUGGAGGCUCUGAGGCAGGCGCCUCGCAGCGCCUAUCUGUCGCACCUGCAGCGGCCCGUCAUGCCGCUGGAUCUAAAACCCUGGCUGCAGGAGGAGUUGCUGAACGAGGAGAAGAAGCUUGCCGCGCUUUCGCAGCAGUUGCAGAGUCUGCAGCAACAGCAGCGAGAGAGGGCCUCCUCCGUCUCCGGCAGGGGCAGUAGCAGCGGCGGGAGCAGAGGCGCCUACGCGGAGCCCUCGCUGGAUGACCAAAUGCAGCAUCUGCGGGACGCUAUGGUGGCUAGGGUUCACCAGGUGCAGUAUUUGCGGGAAAGGCUGCAUGCCUUGAACGUGGUACUCAGGGAGAGGGAGCCGCCACCACUGCUGUUGGAGCUGCUAAAGAGAGCCGCAGCAGGCGCGUCGCGUCCUCCACACGAAGGAUCCCGUCCUGCUGCUGCAGCCUUAGCAGCCUUGGCAGCUGCUGAGGGCAGCGCGGCAGCGGCAGCAGCAGAUCCCAUUGCAGCAACCCUCGCAGCGACGGCCUCCGCGGAUUUCCCUGUGACUGUCCCCCCAGCUGCAGUGUCUGCACAGCAGCACCACGAGCUGCAACGCUUCGGCCUCAUUCCCAAGUGGCUGCUUGGCAAGAGUUUGGGGUCUCUUGUAAGGCCUGUUGGUCUUACGCGGGCGCGAAGUGAGGUGGAGGCGUUUGCAGCCGCGGGUUGGUCCGAGGAGUUUCCCCAGUUGCAGCAGCUGCCUGGCGAGUCUGCCAGAGAUGCGGCAGCUCGCAGACUCGAGGCUGCUACCGUGCGGCUUCUGGGAAGCUACGACGCGCAAGAAUCUCCCCUAGAGUACAAACAGCGCAUGCAGCGGCUGCUUCUCCGGGAGCAGCGCGGCGCGCAGAAGAGAGAGCCUCGUGAGCCUCUCCCGCCUCUUUCUGGUGCUGCAGCGACGGCUGCAGCAGCCUUGCAGCUGCAGCAAGAAGCUCGCAAAGCGCAGCUGCCGGCUUCUGCCGUCCAGUUGCUUACUCGUUACGGGCAUCAAAAACCCAGCGAAAUGCGCCUCAGGGGGUCUCCUGGGGAAAACAUGGAGUUGGUGCAAAGGGCCGCGAACGACCUCCAGCACUUCUUUGGGAGGUUGGCGUCCUCCGCUGCAGAGCGCAUCGCUGCCGCGGAGGCUGAGGCACAAGCCCCUGAAGACAGGCCCCCUGUCUCGCGGCAAAUAGGCGGUGCAGAGGUGGACCCUGUGCAGCAGUGGAUAGAUCAGUUCCACGAGCAGUUGCGGACGCGCAAGGCGCAGCAGGAGCAGGAAACGCUCGAGACGGCUGUUAGCAUUGCUCGUCGCAAGCUCGCUAAGCUUUCCAGUUGCACCGCCAGCAGCAGCAAAACGCAGCCGAACAACCGCUCAUUCAUGCGGAAUAGGCGGCAACAAAGGGAAGCCAUCAAGCAGGCCAUUGAUGAGGCGCAUAUUCUGCACACUACGGAGAGGUACUUGGAUUUGCUGCAUCAGAUAGAAGGAGAAGCGACAGAGGACGGCACCGCCGUAGGGGAGUCUCCUGCUCCUGCUGCAAGUGUGGCUGCCUCUAGAACAAACGAAUCUUUCUCAGGGAGGGAGGAAGGGAAGGGCCAUCCCAUCUCAGGCUCUUUGGAGUCUCGUGAGGCGCGCGUAGAGAACUUCUUGCAGAAGGCACGUGCGGCUUUAUUCCAAAGAGCUGCCGAAUGUCUAGGGAGCCGUGCAGUCGCUACAGGAGGGCGCAUCUUCCCUGGAAUGCUGGUGAAGGGCCGCGUGGUUCGGGUGCUUCAAAACGCGGCGAUCCUGGACGUCGGUGUAGGAGCAGAUGCCUGGCUGCUCGCCGAAGACGUGCUCCUUCCUGUAGAGGAGCAGCCCCGAGGAGGCCUAAGAAGCCUCCUGAAAGAGGGCGACAGCAUCCACUGCGUCGUUUUGGGCAUCCAGGGCUUCCUGCCCGCGUCGCACGUCUGUGAUACCUCGCUGCUUCAGCCUGUCCCUCCCCAUCAGCAGCAGCUGCAGCACCCGCUUAUUGUGCAGUUCGGCUCCAGUCGCGCCCUGCUGCACGUCUCUGAGAUAUCCAACAUUUCCGUUGAUCCCACGUUAUUCUUCCAUGUUGGGGAGACUGUCCGGGCUCUCGUAAAGAGUUACGACCCGAUCACGGGGAAAAUCUUGCUGAGCACCAAGGCGCUCGAGAGCUACCCAGGCCAGAUCCUGAAGGAGCGUGAAAAGCUGUUUGCGGAGGCAGAAGUCGCGUCCGUCCGGUACAAGGAGAAGGAGAAAGAGUUUCAGCAGCUUCAGGAGGCUGCGGCCCAGCAGCUGAUGCGCUCCCUCGGCAUGGAUGCUGAGCAGACGCAAGGCUCCCAACAGCCCUACACAGGCUCGGAUGGCCAAGAUCAAUCUUCCCCUUCGACUUUGUGGUGGGGACUGAACAAAGACAGCAAGCUUUUGGCGUUCCUCGAGGAAAGACUGAAGCAGACACGAAGGGAUGCGGAAUCCGAGAAAGAGAGGCCGGCGACUGUAGACGGGGGUGACGCACCAGACGAAUCUCUCCUGAACACGCGGACAAACGGAGAAGCAGCUGCUGCAGAAGGGCGAGAGGCAGGAACUGUCUUCGAACUCCCAGGAGGUGGUGCAAUACGCGUUCGGACGCUGCGAAACGAAGCGCAAGAAGAGAAUGCCGAGGCUCUCGAGGCUGCAGCCGCGGAGGCCAUGGAGAUACGCAAUGCGCUGCAGCAAGCUAAAGUCAUUAUGCAAGGCAACUGGCAGCUGCCAAAGGUCACAGAGGGCCCUCUAGAAAAUGAAGAGUGGGAAUUCGUUUAG